AUGACAUCAUAUUUUUCAGGGAUACCUUUCCCUUUAUUAAUACUAUAUUCAUCUUUAACACUUAUUGUAUCAUUUCAAAUAGUAAGAAUUCUUUACAAUAAGCAUAAUAUAUUUUCAUUUAGAUUUGGAUUUCUAUUACUUGGAUUUAUAUGGGGAUUAUUAAGAGCAAUAUUUUGGGGAUUUUUUGAUAUUUUUAGUUCAAAUAAAGCAGUUUUAACUACCUUUUUUUUAAUUCCAAUCAAUAUUCAAUUCGCAACAUUUUCACUUUUAGUUUUAUUUUAUGCUCAUGUAGUACAUAGAACAACAUGGGAAAGAUUCACUAGGAUGAGAUUCACAAUAGUUUAUUCAUCUGUCAAUAUAAUUUUAUUAGUUUUACAAAUUGCAUUUUAUGGUUGGAAGUUAAGAAUUAUUAAGCAAAAUACAAAUCGUCAUUUACAAUCUCAAUUACCAUUAUCAAUUAUACCAAUUACAUUUUUCAUAUUUUUAUGUUUUACAAGUAGAUGUGUUUAUGAUUUUAUUGCAGCAUUUGGAAAAGUUAAUAUAUCAUUAAGUGAUCAAUUAUCAUUAAGAGAGAAUUUAACCGUUUUCUUUACAUAUUUAGUAUGGGAGAUUUUACCAUAUAUUUUAAUUUUAGUUUUAUUUUGGAGAAUACCAACCACUCAUAUCGGUGGUCUAGCCAGAAGAAAUAAAAAUGUUAAUUCAUUUGCAUAUCCACCUCAAACAGCUGUCAUACCCGGUAGAAUCAUUCAACAACAACCUUCAAGAUUAUUUUUGGAUCCACAACGUUAUGAUUCCGAUGAUGAAACCACAAAUUUAUUGCACAAAGGAAGUCCUGUAUUAUAUAGUGGUAGACAUUCACCUUAUUCUACUACACCUAUUUCUGGUUCAAGUGAAUAA